AUGCGACCCUUCAAAGGUAAAAUAGUUGUCAAUGCGGCCCUCACAGCAAAAAGUUUGCCCACCCCUGCACUACCUGAUGAAUUAAAACACCCCGUCACACCAAAGCAGAAUGCCUCGUUAUUUACGUAUGCACCUCCUUCCAUCCCGCAGGGUGAAUUGAAUUUGAAGAUGAAUUUGUUGGUCUAUCAAUUUUCAGCCCACUUCCCAGUCGAGCUCCAUGCUUCUUUCUUCUUGCCAGCUGGCUGUUGGAUGUGUGGCGGACCACACUUUGCAGUUGCUAACGUGCAGGAUGUAGCUGAUGACGUUGUUGAUAUUUUUAAUGCUAACCAUUAUGCUGUUGACGCCAUUGUCCACCUUCGACAUUGA